AUGGAAGGCUGUGACUCGCCCGUCAUCUCGGGGAAGGACAAUGGGUGCGGUCUCCCUCAGCACCAGCAAUGGACUGAACUCAACAACACCCACCUCCCCGACAAACCCAGUAGCAUGGAGCAGCCUACGAGUGAGAACCACGGGCCCCUGGACAGCCUGAGGGCCCCCUUCAAUGAGCGCCUCGCCGAGAGCACCAUCUCGGCUGGCCCGGCCGCUGAGGCAGCCAGCAAGGAGGUCAGCUGCAACGAGUGCUCGGCCUCCUUCGCCAGCUUACAGACCUACAUGGAGCACCACUGCCCCAGCGCACGCCCCCCGCUGCCCCUGAGAGAUGAGAGCACCAGCGACAGCAGCGAGGAAGGGGACGAGGAGAGUGACGUGGAGAACCUGGCUGGUGAGAUCGUCUACCAGCCAGACGGCUCGGCCUACAUUGUGGAGAGCCUGAGCCAGCUGACCCAAAGUGGGGGCACCUGCAGCAGCGGCAGCGGGACCCUCCCUUCGCUCUUUCUGAACUCGCUCCCAACCGCGGGGGGCAAACAAGGGGACCCUUCCUGUGCUGCGCCAGUCUAUCCACAGAUCAUCAACACUUUUCACAUAGCCUCAUCCUUCGGGAAGUGGUUUGAGGGCCCAGAGCAGGCUUUCCCGAAUACCUCAGCCCUGGCGGGGCUCAGCCCCGUCCUGCACAGCUUCCGCGUUUUCGACGUGCGACAUAAAAGCAACAAGGAUUACCUGAACAGCGAUGGUUCUGCCAAAAGCUCCUGCGUAUCCAAAGAUGUUCCCAACAAUGUGGACCUGUCCAAAUUCGAUGGCUUUGUGCUCUAUGGGAAGAGGAAGCCCAUCCUCAUGUGCUUCCUGUGCAAACUCUCCUUCGGGUACGUCCGCUCGUUCGUGACGCAUGCCGUGCACGACCAUCGAAUGACCCUGAGCGAGGACGAGCGGAAAAUUCUUAGCAAUAAGAACAUCUCCGCUAUCAUCCAAGGGAUUGGCAAAGACAAGGAACCCCUUGUAAGUUUUCUGGAACCAAAAAACAAAAACUUUCAACACCCUUUAGUUUCCACAGCUAACCUCAUAGGCCCCGGACACAGUUUUUAUGGUAAAUUUAGUGGCAUUCGGAUGGAAGGGGAGGAAGCUCUCCCAGCCGGCUCUGCUGCAGGCCCUGAGCAACCCCAAGCUGGUAUCUUGACCCCCAGCACCCUCUUGAACCUUGGUGGGCUCACCAGCUCGGUCCUGAAGACCCCCAUUACCUCAGUCCCCCUGGAGCCUCUGGCAUCCAGUCCUACCAAAUCCUCAGAGGGCAAGGACUCUGGGGCAGCAGAAGGAGAAAAGCAGGAAGUGGGCGAGCCGGACUGCUUCUCCGAGAAAGCAGAGCCAGCUGAGGAGGAGGUGGAGGAGGAGGAGGAGGAAGAGGUGGAGGAGGAGGAGGAAGAGGAAGAGGAGGAAGAAGAGGAGGAGGAAGAUGAGGGUUGCAAAGGACUCUUUCCAAACGAGUUGGACGAGGAACUGGAGGACAAGCCCCACGAGGAGUCUGGGGCUGCGACAGGUAGUAGCAGCAAAAAGGACCUUGCUCUCUCAAACCAAAGCAUUUCUAACUCCCCCUUAAUGCCUAAUGUGCUCCAGACCCUGUCGAGGGGCACAGCUUCUACUACUUCUAAUUCUGCUUCUUCCUUUGUUGUCUUUGAUGGUGCGAACAGGAGGAAUCGUUUAAGCUUUAACAGUGAGGGCGUCAGGGCCAAUGUGGCAGAGGGCGGCAGGAGGCUGGACUUCGCUGAUGAAAGUGCCAAUAAAGACAAUGCCACAGCACCAGAACCAAAUGAAAGUCCCGAGGGCGAGGAUGGGAGCUUCAUCUCCCAUCACCAGCAUGCUGGCUCCCUCUGCGAGCUCGGGGUCGGGGAGUGCCCCUCGGGGAGCGGCGUGGAGUGCCCCAAGUGUGAUACGGUCCUGGGCUCCUCCCGCUCGCUGGGCGGCCACAUGACCAUGAUGCAUUCUCGUAACUCGUGCAAGACCCUCAAGUGCCCCAAGUGCAACUGGCACUACAAGUACCAGCAGACACUGGAGGCACACAUGAAGGAGAAGCACCCGGAGCCGGGGGGCUCCUGCGUCUACUGCAAGAGUGGGCAACCCCACCCUCGGUUGGCACGAGGCGAGAGCUACACCUGUGGUUACAAACCCUUCCGCUGCGAGGUGUGUAACUACUCCACAACGACCAAAGGCAACCUCAGUAUUCAUAUGCAGUCUGACAAGCAUCUCAACAACAUGCAGAACCUGCAGAACGGAGGGGGUGAGCAAGUCUUCAGCCACACUGCAGGGGCGGCGGCGGCGGCGGCAGCUGCAGCAGCUGCAGCCGCCAACAUUGGCAGCUCCUGUGGGGCCCCCUCGCCCACCAAACCAAAAACCAAACCCACCUGGCGCUGUGAGGUGUGCGACUAUGAGACCAAUGUGGCUAGGAACCUCCGUAUUCAUAUGACCAGUGAGAAGCACAUGCACAACAUGAUGUUGCUGCAGCAGAACAUGACCCAAAUCCAACACAAUCGCCACCUGGGCCUCGGCAGCCUGCCCUCCUCUGCCGAGGCCGAACUCUACCAGUACUACCUGGCCCAGAACAUGAACCUGCCCAACCUGAAGAUGGACAACGCCGCCUCGGAUGCCCAGUUCAUGAUGAGCGGCUUCCAGCUGGAUCCCACCGGGCCCAUGGCUGCCAUGACACCCACUCUAGUGGGCGGUGAGAUCCCCCUAGACAUGCGGCUCGGGGGCGGGCAGCUGGUAUCCGAGGAGCUGAUGAACCUGGGCGAGAGCUUCAUCCAGACCAACGAUCCGUCGCUGAAGCUCUUCCAGUGCGCCGUGUGCAACAAGUUCACCACGGACAACCUGGACAUGCUGGGGCUGCACAUGAACAUGGAGCGCAGCCUUCCCGAGGAUGAGUGGAAGGCUGUGAUGGGGGACUCGUACCAGUGCAAGCUGUGCCGCUACAACACCCAGCUGAAGGCCAACUUCCAGCUGCACUGCAAGACGGACAAGCAUGUGCAGAAGUAUCAGCUGGUGGCCCACAUCAAGGAGGGCGGCAAAGCCAACGAGUGGCGGCUCAAGUGUGUGGCCAUCGGCAACCCCGUCCACCUGAAGUGCAAUGCCUGCGACUACUACACCAACAGCUUGGAGAAGCUGCGGCUGCACACAGUCAACUCCAGGCACGAGGCCAGCCUGAAGUUGUACAAGCACCUGCAGCAGCAUGAGAGCGGCGUUGAGGGAGAGAGCUGCUACUACCACUGUGUCCUUUGCAACUACUCCACCAAGGCCAAGCUCAACCUCAUCCAGCACGUGCGGUCCAUGAAGCAUCAGCGCAGCGAGAGCCUGCGGAAGCUGCAGCGGCUGCAGAAGGGCCUCCCCGAGGAGGACGAGGACCUGGGGCAGAUCUUCACCAUCCGAAGGUGCCCCUCCACCGACCCAGAAGAACCUCUACGGAGUGGUGAGGGUGAGUCUGAUUGCUCCGCUGGGCCCCAGGAGCUUGUAAGAGAUGAAGGUGAGGAGAAAGAGGAGUCCCAGAGUCUGGGCAAACAGGCAACUUCGUCCAGCCAACCAGAGAAGGAGCUGACAGAAUCUCCUGUAGCUUCCAAACGCAUCUCCUUCCCAGGUAGCUCCGAGUCUUCCCUCUCUUCCAAACGACCAAAAACAUCCGAGGAGACUAAACCAGAGCAGAUGUACCAGUGUCCCUACUGCAAGUACAGCAACGCCGACGUCAACCGGCUCCGGGUGCAUGCCAUGACGCAGCACUCGGUGCAGCCCAUGCUCCGCUGCCCUCUGUGCCAGGACAUGCUCAACAACAAGAUCCACCUCCAGCUGCACCUCACCCACCUCCACAGCGUGGCACCUGACUGCGUAGAGAAGCUCAUUAUGACGGUGACCACCCCUGAGAUGGUAAUGCCCAGCAGCAUGUUCCUCCCAGCAGCUGUUCCGGAUCGAGAAGGGAAUUCCAAUCUGGAGGAAGGAGGAAAGCAGCCUGAAACCUCAGAGGAUCUGGGAAAGAACAUCUUGCCGUCAGUGACCACAGAGCACAGUGGGGAUUUGAAACCGUCUCCUGCUGACCCAAGCUCUGUGAAGGAAGACUCAGGCUUCCUCUGCUGGAAGAAGGGAUGCAACCAAGUUUUCAAAACUUCUGCUGCCCUUCAGACACAUUUCAACGAAGUUCACACCAAGAGGCCUCAGCUGCCUGUGUCUGACCGCCACGUGUACAAGUACCGCUGUAAUCAGUGCAGCCUGGCAUUUAAGACCAUUGAAAAGUUGCAGCUCCAUUCUCAGUACCAUGUGAUUAGAGCUGCCACCAUGUGCUGUCUUUGUCAGCGUAGUUUCCGAACUUUCCAGGCUCUGAAAAAGCACCUGGAGACAAGCCACCUGGAGUUGAGUGAAGCUGACAUACAGCAGCUUUACGGUGGCCUUCUAGUCAAUGGGGACCUUCUGGCAAUGGGAGACCCUACCCUGGCAGAAGACCACACCAUAAUCGUUGAGGAAGACAAAGAAGAAGAGAGUGACUUGGAAGAUAAACAGAGCCCCCUGGGCAGUGACUCUGGGUCAGUACAGGAAGACUCGGGCUCAGAGCCAAAGAGAGCUCUACCUUUCAGAAAAGGUCCCAACUUCACCAUGGAAAAAUUCCUGGAUCCUUCUCGCCCUUACAAGUGUACUGUCUGCAAGGAAUCUUUCACUCAAAAGAACAUCCUGUUAGUGCACUACAAUUCUGUCUCCCAUCUGCAUAAAUUGAAGAGAGCCCUUCAAGAAUCGGCAACUGGUCAGCCAGAACCCACCAGCAGCCCAGACAACAAACCUUUCAAGUGCAACACCUGUAAUGUGGCCUAUAGCCAGAGUUCCACUUUGGAGAUCCACAUGAGGUCGGUGUUGCAUCAAACCAAGGCCCGGGCAGCCAAGCUGGAAGCUGCAAGUGGCAGUAGCAAUGGGACUGGGAACAGCAGCAGUGUCUCCCUGAGCUCUUCCACCCCAAGUCCUGUGAACACCACCAGCAGUCACACCUUUACCACCACCAAUCCCAGCAGUACUGGCAUCACUCCAAAUUCCAACCUACUGAGCCAAGUGCCCACUGAGAGUCUGGGGAUACCACCGCCCCUUGGGAAUCCCAUCAGUGUCAACAUGGCUUCCCCUUCAGAGCCCAAGGAGGCCAACCGGAAGAAACUGGCAGAUAUGAUUGCCUCCCGGCAGCAGCACCAACAACAGCAACAACAGCAACAAGCACAGACGUUGGCCCAGGCCCAGGCCCAAGUUCAAGCUCACCUGCAGCAAGAGCUGCAGCAGCAGGCUGCCCUGAUCCAGUCUCAGCUCUUCAACCCCACCCUUCUUCCUCAUUUCCCCAUGACCACCGAGACCCUACUGCAGCUGCAACAACAGCAACAUCUCCUCUUCCCCUUCUACAUCCCCAGUGCUGAGUUCCAGCUCAACCCCGAGGUCAGCCUGCCGGUGACCAGUGGGGCACUGACGCUGACGGGGACCAGCCCAGGCCUGCUGGAAGAUCUAAAGGCUCAGGUUCAGAUCCCACAGCAGAGUCACCAACAGAUCAUGCAGCAGCAGAGCCAGCUCUCUCUGUCCCAGAGUCACUCUGCCCUUCUUCAGCCCAGCCAACACCCCGAGAAGAAAAACAAAUUGGUCAUCAAAGAAAAGGAGAAGGAAAGCCAGAGAGAGAGAGAGAGAGACAGUGCUGAGGGGGGAGAAGGCAACCCAGGACCAAAGGAAUUGCUGCCAGAAGCCUUGAAGGCCCCCGAGAAGAAGGAGCUGCCCCUGGGGAGCAGUGCGGAGCCUUCCAUGCUCCCACCACGCAUUGCCUCAGAUGCCAGAGGGAAUGCCACCAAGGCGCUGCUGGAGAACUUUGGCUUUGAGCUGGUCAUUCAGUACAAUGAGAACAAGCAAAAGGCGCAGAAGAAGAACGGGAAGACGGAACAGGGUGACCAGGUGGAAAAGCUCGAGUGCGAGUCCUGUGGCAAGUUGUUUUCCAACAUCUUGAUUUUAAAGAGUCAUCAGGAACAUGUUCAUCAAAGCUACUUUCCUUUUAAACAGCUGGAGAGGUUUGCCAAACAGUACAGAGAGCACUAUGACAAACUCUACCCCCUGAGGCCCCAGACCCCUGAGCCGCCCCCCCCUCCACCCCCACCCCCUCCGCCUCCCCUUCCAGCAGCACCUCCUCAGCCAGCCUCCACGCCUGCUGUUCCUGCUUCAGCCCCGCCCAUUACAUCCCCCACAACUGCGCCAGCUCAGCCUUCUGUACCACUCACCCAGCUCUCCAUGCCCAUGGAGCUGCCCAUCUUCUCACCACUGAUGAUGCAGACCAUGCCCCUGCAGACCUUACCGGCUCAGCUGCCACCUCAGCUCGGGCCUGUGGAGCCUUUGCCUGCAGACCUGGCCCAGCUGUACCAGCAUCAGCUCACCCCGAGCCUGCUCCAACAACAGAAUAAGAGACCUCGAACCAGGAUCACAGACGACCAGCUCCGAGUCCUGCGGCAGUAUUUUGAUAUUAACAAUUCCCCUAGUGAAGAACAGAUCAAAGAGAUGGCAGACAAGUCUGGGUUGCCCCAGAAAGUGAUCAAGCACUGGUUCAGAAAUACUCUCUUCAAAGAGCGGCAACGGAACAAGGACUCCCCCUACAACUUCAGCAAUCCUCCCAUCACCAGUCUGGAGGAGCUCAAGAUUGACUCCAGACCCCCUUCACCCGAACCACAGAAGCAGGAGUACUGGGGUAGCAAGCGGUCUUCAAGAACCAGGUUUACUGACUACCAGCUGAGGGUCCUGCAGGACUUUUUUGAUGCUAAUGCUUACCCAAAGGAUGAUGAAUUUGAGCAACUCUCGAAUUUACUGAACCUUCCAACCCGAGUCAUAGUGGUGUGGUUUCAGAAUGCCCGGCAGAAGGCUCGGAAAAACUAUGAGAAUCAGGGCGAGGGCAAAGAUGGAGAGCGGCGGGAGCUCACCAAUGAUAGAUAUAUCCGAACAAGCAACUUAAACUACCAGUGCAAAAAAUGUAGCCUGGUGUUUCAGCGCAUCUUUGAUCUCAUCAAGCACCAGAAGAAGCUGUGUUACAAGGAUGAAGACGAGGAGGGGCAGGAUGACAGUCAAAAUGAGGAUUCCAUGGAUGCCAUGGAACUGCUGACUCCCACCAGCUCUUCCUGCAGCACUCCAAUGCCCUCACAGGCUUACAGUGCCCCAGCUCCAUCAGCCAAUACAGCUUCCUCUGCCUUCAUGCAGCUCACAGCAGAGGCUGAUGAACUGGCCAACUUCAGUUCAAAAACAGAAACAAGUGAUGAGAAACCAAAGCAGGCUGAAACUCCCAGUGCACAGCCAAGCCAAACUCAAGAGAAGCAAGGGCAACCAAAGCUAGAGUUGCAGCAGCAAGACCAGCCUGAGCAGAAGACAAAUGCAUCCCAACCAAAGCUCCCACAGCUGGCUUCUCCUCCUUCAUUACCACAGCCUCCACCACAAGCGCCCCCUCCUCAGUGCACCUUACCGCAGUCAAGCCCCAGCCCUUCCCAGCUCUCUCAUCUUCCCCUCAAGCCCCUGCACACAUCAACUCCUCAACAACUGGCAAACCUACCUCCUCAGCUAAUCCCCUACCAGUGUGACCAGUGUAAGUUGGCAUUUCCAUCGUUUGAGCACUGGCAGGAGCAUCAGCAGCUUCACUUUCUCAGCGCACAGAACCAGUUCAUCCACCCCCAGUUUUUGGACAGGUCACUGGAUAUGCCUUUCAUGCUGUUUGACCCUAGUAACCCACUCCUGGCCAGCCAACUGCUCUCUGGGGCCAUACCUCAGAUUCCAGCAAGCGCAGCCACUUCUCCUUCAACUCCAACCUCCACAAUGAACACUCUGAAGAGGAAGCUGGAGGAAAAGGCCAGUGCAAGCCCUGGUGAAAAUGACAGUGGGACAGGAGAAGAACCUCAGAGAGACAAGCGUUUGAGGACGACCAUUACACCAGAGCAGUUAGAAAUUCUUUACCAAAAGUAUCUACUAGACUCCAAUCCAACUCGAAAGAUGUUGGAUCACAUUGCACAUGAGGUGGGCUUGAAGAAACGUGUGGUGCAAGUUUGGUUUCAGAAUACCAGAGCUCGGGAAAGGAAAGGGCAGUUCCGGGCUGUGGGUCCAGCCCAGGCCCACAGGAGGUGCCCUUUUUGCAGAGCGCUCUUCAAGGCCAAGACUGCCCUGGAGGCUCACAUACGGUCUCGUCACUGGCAUGAAGCCAAGAGAGCUGGCUAUAACCUCACUCUGUCUGCAAUGCUGUUAGACUGUGAUGGGGGACUCCAGAUGAAAGGAGACAUUUUUGAUGGAACUAGCUUUUCCCACCUACCCCCAAGUAGUAGUGAUGGUCAGGGUGUUCCCCUCUCGCCUGUGAGUAAAACCAUGGAGUUGUCUCCCAGGACUCUUCUUAGCCCUUCCUCCAUCAAAGUGGAAGGGAUUGAAGACUUUGAAAGCCCCUCCAUGUCCUCAGUCAAUCUAAACUUUGACCAAACUAAGCUGGACAAUGAUGACUGUUCCUCUGUCAACACAGCCAUCACAGAUACCACCACUGGAGAUGAGGGCAAUGCAGAUAACGACAGUGCGACAGGAAUAGCGACUGAAACCAAAUCUUCUUCAGCACCCAAUGAAGGGUUGACCAAAGCGGCCAUGAUGGCAAUGUCAGAGUAUGAAGAUCGGUUGUCGUCGGGUCUGGUCAGCCCAGCCCCGAGCUUUUACAGCAAGGAAUAUGACAAUGAAGGCACAGUGGACUAUAGUGAAACCUCAAGCCUUGCAGAUCCCUGCUCCCCAAGUCCUGGUGCCAGUGGGUCGACAGGCAAAUCUGGAGAUAGCGGGGAUAGGCCUGGGCAGAAACGUUUUCGCACUCAAAUGACCAAUCUGCAGCUAAAGGUCCUCAAGUCAUGCUUUAAUGACUACAGGACACCCACCAUGCUAGAGUGUGAGGUCCUGGGCAAUGACAUUGGACUGCCAAAGAGAGUUGUUCAGGUCUGGUUCCAGAAUGCCCGGGCAAAAGAAAAGAAGUCCAAGUUAAGCAUGGCCAAGCAUUUUGGUAUAAACCAAACAAGUUAUGAGGGACCCAAAACAGAGUGCACUUUGUGUGGCAUCAAGUACAGCGCUCGACUGUCUGUACGUGACCAUAUCUUUUCCCAACAGCAUAUCUCCAAAGUUAAAGACACUAUUGGAAGCCAAUUGGACAAGGAGAAAGAAUACUUUGACCCAGCCACUGUACGUCAGUUGAUGGCUCAACAAGAGUUGGACAGGAUUAAAAAAGCCAAUGAGGUCCUUGGACUGGCAGCCCAGCAGCAAGGGAUGUUUGACAACGCCCCUCUUCAGGCUCUUAACCUUCCUACAGCAUAUCCAGCACUCCAGGGCAUUCCUCCUGUGUUGCUCCCUGGCCUCAACAGCCCCUCCUUGCCAGGCUUUACUCCAUCCAACACAGCUUUAACAUCUCCCAAACCGAAUUUGAUGGGUCUGCCCAGCACAACAGUUCCUUCCCCUGGCCUCCCCACAUCCGGAUUACCAAAUAAACCAUCCUCGGCGUCGCUGAGCUCCCCGACCCCAGCACAAACCACCAUGGCGAUAGCCCCUCAGCAACCCUCCCAACCCCAGCAGCCACCGGCGCAGCAGCCCCAACCGCCACCGCCAACAGCAGCCCAGCCGCCACCAGUACCGCAGCUUCCGCCCCAACAGCAGCCUCGAAAGGACAAAGAUAGUGAGAAAGGAAAGGAAAAAGAAAAGGUGCACAAAGGAAAAGGGGAGCCCCUGCCUGUUCCCAAGAAGGAAAAAGGAGAGGCUCCGGUGGCGGCAGCUGCCACGAUUUCUGCCCCACUGCCCACCAUGGAGUAUGCGGUAGAUCCUGCACAGUUGCAGGCCCUGCAGGCAGCGUUGACUUCGGACCCUACAGCGUUGCUCACGAGCCAGUUCCUUCCUUACUUUGUCCCAGGCUUUUCUCCUUACUAUGCCCCCCAGAUCCCCGGCGCCCUGCAGAGCGGGUACCUGCAGCCUAUGUACGGCAUGGAAGGCCUGUUUCCCUACAGCCCUGCGCUGUCGCAGGCCCUGAUGGGGCUGUCCCCGGGCUCCCUACUGCAGCAGUACCAGCAAUACCAGCAGAGUCUGCAGGAGGCCAUCCAGCAGCAGCAGCAACAGCAGCAGCAGCAGCAGCGGCAACUGCAGCAGCAGCAGCAGCAGCAAAAAGUGCCGCAGCCCAAAGCAAGCCAAACCCCAGUCCCCCCGGGGGCUGCUUCCCCAGACAAAGACCCUGCCAAAGAAUCCCCCAAACCAGAAGAGCAGAAAAACGCACCCCGUGAGGUGUCCCCUCUCCUGCCGAAACCCCCCGAAGAGCCAGAAGCAGAAAGCAAAAGUGCGGACUCCCUCUACGACCCCUUCAUUGUUCCAAAGGUGCAGUACAAGUUGGUCUGCCGCAAGUGCCAGGCAGGCUUCAGUGACGAGGAGGCGGCGAGGAGCCACCUGAAGUCCCUCUGCUUCUUCGGCCAGUCUGUGGUGAACCUGCAAGAGAUGGUGCUCCAUGUCCCCACCGGCGGCGGCAAUGGCGGCGGUGGCAAUGGCGGCGGCAGCGGCGGGAAUGGCAGCGGCUCGUACCACUGCCUGGCGUGCGAGAGCACGCUCUGUGGGGAGGAAGCUCUGAGUCAACAUCUCGAGUCGGCCUUGCACAAACACAGAACAAUCACGAGAGCAGCAAGAAACGCCAAAGAGCACCCUAGUUUAUUACCUCACUCUGCCUGCUUCCCCGAUCCUAGCACCGCAUCUACCUCGCAGUCUGCCGCUCACUCAAACGACAGCCCCCCUCCCCCGUCGGCCGCCGCCCCUCCCUCCGCUUCCCCUCACGCCUCCAGGAAGUCUUGGCCGCCAGUGGUUUCCCGGGCUUCGGCCGCCGCGAAGGCCCCUUCUUUUCCUCCUCUCUCCUCAUCUUCAACGGUUACCUCAAGUUCAUGCAGCACCUCAGGGGUUCAGCCCUCGAUGCCAACAGACGACUAUUCGGAGGAGUCUGACACGGAUCUCAGCCAAAAGUCCGACGGACCGGCGAGCCCGGUGGAGGGUCCCAAAGACCCCAGCUGCCCCAAGGACAGUGGUCUGACCAGUGUAGGAACGGACACCUUCAGAUUGUAA